AUGCCUUUGGAACAAAUGGGUUAUGGAGAAAAUAUAUCGGGAAACAAAUAUUUUGUGGUUAGUGAACAUUUCUUACAAAAUCGUUUGUUCCCAUUACUAUUUCUUCCAAAACCAUUUGUUCCAAAAAACACUUUUUCACCUUUUAUUCAUAGAACUACGUAUCCUUUGAACAAAUGUCCAUUGGAAGAAAUUUUGGGGUAACAUAAGUUCGACGGAACAAGCGUUUUUGGAAGAAAUGGUAAAAUGUUGAACAAAAGUAAUGUGGAACAAAUAUUUUAUGGACCAAACGGCUUACACCCUCUUUGAUGCCUUUAUAGAUUUUCGGAUUUAAAAAACACUGAUAUUGUAAUAUAGAUAUAUGUAUUAAAAAGAAACAACACCGAUGCUUUGAUACCACCGAUGACCGAUGCCAUGAGUCAUCACAGAUGACUUAAGGAUAAUUUGUGGUGUAAACACUGAUUUUAUUCAUUUUUUUUUUUCAUUAUUUCAAUUACAAAGUGUAGAGUACAGCCUAAAGACAUUAAAUAUUUACUACGUAAUGUAAGUAUGUAUCAACUACUUAACUGCAUAUUGUAUUAUUAAACUUUAAUCAUAAGACUUAUUUACUUUGAUUCUAUAAUUGUAUAAAAUAAGUAGGUACCUAAUGAUUCAUAACUAUAUUAUUAUUAUAUUCAUUACUAAUAAAUAAAAUAACUAGAUUUUUACCAUUUUGCAGAGGUGUGCUCAGGAUCAAAAUUCAGAACAGGCCCGUUUGUAAGUAUACAUGUUGGUGUGAUAUUAUUUCAGUAAAUCCUAUUUUGCUAACCAAAUAAUUUAUUUUUAUACAGAUGGAAUUAAUAAUCCCAUUUUUCCAAUUUUGGUGGUAUCAAUACCAUAUUUUUUAUUAUUAUUUUUUUAAUUAAAAAUUAUACUAUAUAAUAUUAUUUUAUUAAAUUAUUUAUGUUAAUUUUAAAAAUUAAAAUUUAUAAAUUUACUUGGUAGUUAGAUCAGAUCAAUAAAAAAAAAACUAGGACAAACAAAUUAUUCUGUAAAAAAAAUCUACUUUUAUUUAUAUGUAUAAAAUAUAAAUACAUUAUGUUAUUAGGUAUAUUAAUCUAAGAAGUUACAAUAUUUAAAUUGAUUAUUAAUUAUACUUUGAAUUUGACUUUACUAGUUUUAGCAAUUCAUUUUAGUUCAAGAGUAAAUUAUAAAACUUUAAACAACUAAUAUUAAAAUUUGCUAGAAUUGCUAGAAGAGUUCAAUAGCUGAAUAAAAUUAAUUAACAAAAUAAACGAGAAUAGUAAUAUUAUUACUACGAUUAUGGUUAUGGUUAUCCAUAACAAUAAUAAUAAUUAUUAUAUUAAUUAUUAAUAUAUGUAUAAGUAUAACUAAAACGGAAAUAAAGAAUAAAUGAAAGCAAUAUAGUUAUUUAAAUAUAAUUUGAUAAUAUAUUUGAUUUUCAUAAUACUAUUUAAUAUAAUUCCGGGAAAAAUCAAGGUCCCGAUAAAGAUUUUAGGGAUACCGGGACAAACUUUAAAAAACUAGGAUAAUCUUAGAAAACCGUUUGGACAACUUAUUAAUAUAUUAAUUUAAUUAUUAUAAUAUUAAAUUUAGCAAACUUGUCCAUAAUCUUUAUAGGAUCAUGAAUUACUCCUAACUAAACUGUUUUUCAAUUGAUAUUAACACUAAAUUAUGAAGAGGUGUUAUAGAUGUCCCUAAAUAUGUUUUGAUUCUUUUCAUCAAAGAAAAAAUGUGCAAAGAAGAGAGGGGGAAAAAGUUAUCUUAUUAAAUAUUACUUUGUAGGAUUCAGAAAAAGCCUGAGCCUAUUAGGCUUACCUGCUAACCACGCCAUUGUGUAAGACUGAUUUAAAAACCAUGUAUGGACAGUAUUUGUUUAUUAUAGAUAAAUAUAUAAUAAAUUAUUUUAAAAUAUGGCCAUAUACAACUAGAUAAGCAAAUUUCAUUACAAUGUUUGCAAUAUAAAAAAAUUGUCACAAACUAUGAUAGUGUUUUAUAGUUAUUUGUUUAUGGCUGUAAUGAUUUCCAUUUUUCUAUCAAGAAAAUAAUACAAAUAUAUUAUUAUUUAUCUUGGGUGUGUGUUUCAUAUACAUUGCUUCUGUCUUAAUAGCGUGCAACAUUAAAUUUUGCAUUCAGCAGGAACAAUAAUAUUGUGCUGUGUCCUAUCCGAACAAGUCUUCUGGAAGAAAAGUUGUGUACAAAUAAAAAAUAAAUAAACAUCUUUGUAAAACUAUAAGCUUCUUCGCUCCACACAGAAUCUAAAACUUAGGUAUAAUGGGGGAAAUUUAAGAAAAUAAGGCUUAUUAUUUUCAAUUUUGUUUUAGAUUUUUUGUGAAACGAGGAAUACUUUACAAUAAUGUUAAUUUUAUUUUUUAUUUUUAUAUUUUAUAUACAAAAUAUCUAUCAAAAAUAUUGUUUCGAUUUUCAAGUGCAGCACUUUUUCUGAAAGGAAAUUUUCCUGGAGUAAUAGUUCAAAAAAAUCAUUUUUGAGAAAACGUACAAAAAUAAUGCUUUUAGUUUUAAUUUUGUUUUUGUAAUGUAAUUCAGUUAAAAAUAUCUGUAGAGACUUGAAAUUUUGAACAAAAACAUUGCAUUUGACUCUUAUAGAUGUAGUAAAAAUUUUUAGCCAUUUUAGAGCUAUUCAUAGACAUUUUAAUUUUGCUAGUUUUUUUCCGUAAUAUUUAAUCGACCAAACAAUAAUACUUGAAAAUUUAACAGGAGGUUAAGUUAAGUAAAGUUAAGGUAAAGUUAAGUUUAAAUUAAUAUUUUAUUUUUUUUAAGAAUUUUAAUAUCAAAUUUUGAUAAAAAAAAAUCGUAAAUAUUCUAGCCUUUUAAAACAUGUAUAACCAAACUCUGCUCAGAAUAUUUUAUUAGUAAUGAUACAUCGUUGCGUACUGAUAAACUUUGAAAUCCUCUCUAUCCUACCUUCUCAAAUUCUCAUAUACAACAGUGGCCUUCCCAUAUUGCAAAUUAUGUCGGUCUUUUUUUUUCUUUGUUUAUUUUUUACUGAUUUUAUAAAAAUAUAUGAUAUGUGUAUCUAAGGUAUUUUGUCUUAAAGUUAAUCAAAAUAAAUAACUAGAUACUAAAUUGUUACUGCUGAUACUGCAUACAAUGAAACUCAUAUUAAAUUGUCAGGCAUUUAUGUUUCGUCAAACAAUUUUAUCCAUAUAAUACCUACAAAAAUAAAAAACUCGAAAAUGUAAAAGACCCAGAAACAUAUCUUAAAUAUCAAUAAAAUAUUUAAAAAAAAUACAUACAUACUUUGCAUGAUAGGUGGGCCACUGUUAUAAGUGAGAAGUUAGAAAUGUAGGAUAUGGAAGGAAUUCUAAUGUAUAUCUGUAAGUAAUGAUAAACCAUUUAACCAUUUCUAAAAAUAACCAAUUUGGAGUGAAGUUUCUUUUAAACAUGUUUGUACAUUUUCCUUUUAUUCUAAAUUAUUUUGAAAACCAAAAAAUGGCUUCCCAAAAGUACCAACUAUGUAAAAUUUCCUUUUAGAAAAGUUGUUACACUUGACACAUUGGAAAAUAAUUUUUGGUAAAAAAGUUCCUCACAAUUUAUAUAUAUAAAAAAAUAUUAAUAUACUUUGUAAAACAAAUUAUAAUCCUUUGCUUUGCUCUAAAAUUACUACAUAAAAAAAAGUCCAAUAUAAGUUAUAUAUCUGUAUAUUAUAUUUAUAUAUUGUAAUCUGUUAACAUUUUGGGAACAGAAAAUUUGGAUAUUAUUUGAAAAUUAAAUUUUUUAUAAAACCAAUCAAAAUGUCACCUUACCAAAAUUUUAGGUCUGCAAUUAUUUUAAACCAAUUAACAACAAAAAUUUAAAAUAUCAAAAUCAUUCUAAACUUUCUUGUAUUUUCUACUUUAUUUUACAAUUAUUACGAAAACUGAUUAAAACUGAUUUAACUGAAAAUUAGAAUUUAAAAAAAUACACAUCAUAGUAAAAAUAAUAUAUUUAGUGCCCAAAUAUUAUAAAAUAACCUUUCACAAACAUGUCAAAAGUUUCAAGGGGGGAAAAAUCUAGGUCUUCCAUAUACUACACUUCUAUACAUUAUUUACGGUUGUAAUACGGUAAUAUUUUACUUUUAGUAGGUACCAAUAUAGAGAAAAAUAAAUGAGACGCGUAAAAUCAUAUGAUCUCAACCCACAAAAAAAUAAUAUUUAGGUUUAACAGAUUAAACGUUACAAAUUUAUAUUAUUUUACCUUAUACCAAAGAGGCCAACAGUUAAAAAAAAAUUAUUUUGUUUUGUCAUGGAUAUUUUAACUUUUUAAUUGGGACAAGGAAUGAUCCAAUCUAUUAAUUUAUUAUUAAGGCUAUUAAACAAAUAAAUAUUGAUUACAUACAAUUUUGUGUAUUGUAUUAUUAAUUUAAAAUUAUUUACUAAUAAAGAAAAAUAAUAUUUUUAUAUUAUUACUUUAUAUGAUAAACGUUGUGUAAAAUCAGUAUAUUAAUGAAUUGAUUUGUAAAAUUGAACUUUUCUGAAUUGGCUGUUAUGGUUCUACAUACCUUAAUUAUUGUAUUCAUAUUAAAACAUAAACAUUAAAUUUAAUAUUUAGUAAUAUUGAUAUUGUUAGAAUAAUAAAAAUAAUAUGAUCUUUGGUAUGUUUUGUUAUUUUAGGUGAAUACGAAAACUCUACUCAUAUUUUGAGACGUCAAUUGAAAAACGCAAUAAUGUUCAGUUUGGCUAAACUUUCAUAUUAUGCAUGCAACGAUUUAGAGAAGAAGUGGUAUUAUACUGUACCGAAAAAUGUAAUCGAUAUUGAUGUACGUGACUGUUGUGAACUACUAUUGGGAUUGAGAUCAAAUAAAAGUUACCCAUCAGCAUUAUAUGAGCUAACACGUCCGUUUGAACUGUGUACCAUUGCCUCAAAACAUGGUCAUUUAGAUUGUCUUAUCUAUGCACAUAACUUAGAAUUUAAAUGGAAUACUGAAACAUGCAAUAAUGCAGCAAUAAAUGGACAUUUUGAUAUGUUGGUAUAUGCUCAUGAACACGGAUGUCAAUGGAAUAUUAAGACAUGUGAAAGGGCAGCCAAAUAUGGGCAUCUUGACAUCUUAAAAUAUGCUCAUGAGCAUGGAUGCCCAUGGGAUCAGAAUACAUGCUCAUCAGCGGCUUCAAGUGGGCAUCUUGCUAUUUUAAAAUAUGCCCGUGAACAUGGAUGUCCGUGGGAUGUGAAUACAUGUACAUUUGCUGCCAAACAUGGGCAUGUUAAUAUUUUAAAAUAUGCCCAUGAACAGGGAUGUCCGUGGGCUGAGAAUACAUAUGAAUUGGCGGCCGAAAAUGGGCAUCUUAACAUUAUAAAUUAUGCGUAUGAUCAUGGUUUUCCAUUGGAUGUGAAGGUUCGUGAUUUGGCAGCCUCAAAUGGUCAUCUUGAUGUUUUAAUAUUUGCUAAAGAGCAUGGAUAUCCUUGGGAUGUGAGUACGUGUUCAUUGGCUGCCUCAAAUGGGCAUCUUAAAAUCUUGAAGUAUGCUCAUGAACACGGAUGUCCAUGGGAUGUAAAUACAUGCAUAUUGGCGGCUUCAAAUGGGCAUCUUGAUACCUUAAAAUAUGCUCAUGAACACGGAUGUCCAUGGGAUGUAGUUAUCUGCAAAUUAGCAUUAAAAAAUAAACAUUUUGAUGUUUUAAAGUACGUUCGUAAAUGUGGACUCAGGACUCCUACAGUUUUUGCAAAAGGAUGGGGCCAAUUCGUACAAGAGGCGGAUGCUGCCAGAAAAUUAUACUAUGAGUCCAUUCAACAACCAGAUCCUGAAGACUACGAACCAGAUCCUGAAGACUACGAACGAGAUUUUGAUUGUAAUUAUUUUUUUAGAACCUAUAAAAAUCCCUUUUUUUGAAAGUCUCGUUGAUAUUUGAAACAAUUAGGAAAACCCCGGUUCUUUAGGUUAAAAAAGAUUAAAAUAUUAAAAAUAAGGUUGCCACUGGCAACUGUUUUUAUUAAUUUUUUGUUAUUAUUAAGUUUUUAUUAUUUUAAUCUUUUUUUAAACAAUCAUUUUAUUAUAAUAUGACAUAUACAUUGUUGAUAAAGCAACAUUAUUAAUUAAACUCCGCUCAUAAUUUUUUUUUUUUUUUUAUUAGCAAUGGUUUAUUGUUACUUACAAAUAUACAUUAAAUUUCUGUCUGUAUCCUACCUUCCCAACUUCCCACCUACAAUAGUUGCUGCACACACAUGUGAAAUAUGUCAGACUUUUUUUAUUGAUAGGCACUAAUUUUCAAUAAUUUUUAGUUGAUUUGUUUUAGAAUAAUAAUAAUUAUUAGAAUAUAAUAAUCCUAUUUUAUACAUUUGUUUGAGUCAUUUAAUAAGUUUUUCAUUUGACUAAGUGGUUAAGAAGUCAGUUGGUCAUUCUUUUUCUCGCUUUUUUUAGUUUUUUAAAGUAUUUCCAAGUUAUUAUUAAACCUAUAAUUGGAUAAUUCAAGGUUAAAAUUCUUUACUUUUUCCCUGAUUCUUCAAGACAAAAAUUGUUAAAAUCUAAUAAGUUUAUGAAUUUGCAGACCAUAUGAAUAUUCAGUUUUAGUUUACCAACUAUUUUAAUAUUUCACUUGGUCUCUUUUGCACAAUGGCGACGAUAUAUUUUAAAUGCAUUACGAUAAUUAAAUACAUCAUAUAGAAAGAAAUCUGCAAUUCCUUUGAUCAACCAUGUUGAAUUCUUGUUUCAAUCUCAAUUUUAAAUUAAUUAGACUAGACAAUUUCCAGCAAUUAAAAUGUCAUUUAUAUAAAGUGUUAAAUAAAUUGUCACAUUUUUGUUAUUAGUACAUUCUUGUAUAACAUAAAAAUUACUAAAUUUUGAAUUUUUAAAACCAAGUUUAAUAAAAUUAUCAAAAACUAUAGCAUUUUGAGGUUUGCUUUAAAACAUAGAUAAAUUUACUUAGUUUACAGACUAUCCCUUCUCCUGUUUCAAAGCAUUUUGGUUGAGACAUGUAGACAGUUUCAAGUAGGUUUCCAUUUAGAAAAUCUGUCUUAACAUCUUGUUGAAAAAUUUGUAAGUUCUGAAAUUUAGCGACAAAUCUAGCAUUUCUAUGUUAAAUCUUUCCUUUAUCCCUUUUAAUUUUGAAUACCCAAUAUGAAGAGAUUAAUUAACAAGAAUAUGGUUUUGGAACGAACGACCCGAUGUUAUUGUGGUUUUGUCAUCAUCAAGAUUAGCAUCAUUAUCAGUGGAGUUAAAAUAACCUACCUAUUUAUCUGGGAUCAUUCGAGUUGACUCGGAGUUAAUGGCUCAGCAUUCCCAAACGGCAGUGUAGAGUUAACUCUGAUAUCUCGAACGACACCAGAGUUUACUCGAGUACUCAUUGUAGAAAUUAAGUUUGCAACUUUCAAAGAGGAAUAAAUAUUUUUAAUUUGAAAAAAAAAGUUAUAAAAUAAUAAUUAAGUAAUCAUAAGUAAAUUUUGAUAAAUAAUAAAUAUAAGGUCUAUGAAAGAACGUAGGUAGUAAUAGUAAUUAACAGUCAAAUAAGAUAUAUUAUUAUUUAAGAUAAAAAAAAUAAAUAACAAGUAAAUGUCAAAUAUUCAGCUUACCAGCCUAUACGGGGAAUUCUUAAUAUAUUUGGCAGAAAAAUGAAAACUACCGUACAAAAAAUUACCAUAGCUCCACUCGUAGGUGUAUAACUAAGGUGUUACCCAAUACACGUCUGGGAGGCAGCCAAAAGAAUGGCGAAACUAUUCGAAAGGAGCUAAUUAGAGUUUGUCAAAUGAAUUAUGGGACAAAUAAUCCAAACAGAGGUAUCUAACGAGACAUUACACCCUAAUCGACUGGAUCAAGCUUGUGCACGAAUAGCACGACAUUUGGAACAAUCCAUAAUAGAAACUGAAAUAUAAAAUAUAUAUAAAUAAUAAAAAUCAGUAGAUGUAAGGACAUAAUAAAUAAGAAAUAAUUAAACAUGAAUAAACAUCAAAACACUCAAGUCAAAAAUUUGAUUUAUUUUAUAAAGUAUGUACAUUUCAUUAUAAAUAUAGUCAACAAAUAUAUAAAUAAUACAAUUAAUAAAUUAAUGAUGAAUGCGUCGCCUGGAGUAUUAUGAUAUGUGUAUUAUACAACCAGCUUUGAAUUAAAAAUUCAUCAUCAGGUAUAUCACAAAGUCAAAAUGUAAAACUCGACUGAAUAUAAAUUAUAAACUUAAUUAUUAAAGGUAUUAUAUAUUUUCUUUAAUAUUUGUUUAAUGUACCGAUUUUACCAUGUUUUUCCUGGUUUUUCACAUUUGCUGGAAAAACUUGAGAAAAUCUAAAAAUGACCUCCCCAGUCAAAUUUCCUUUUAGAAUAAUUGCUAUUAUUAUAAAUUAGAACAAAAUUGCUGGUAGAAAUGUUGUUGAUAUUUUUAACUAAUACCUGCAUAUUUUGCAUUAUCCCGUUUUUCCUUGGUUUUUUUUUUCAUUUUUACACAUUUGUUUAGAAAACUCCAGAGAAAUAGAAAUAUGAUCUCCCAGAAAUACCUUUCCUCGCCAAUUUUCUUUCAGAAAGGUAUUACACUUAAAAAUCUGAACAAGAUCUACGGUAGAAAAGUUGUUCACUGAAAAGAAAAAAUAUCUUUGUAAAACCAUAAGCUUUUUCACUUCACUCCGAAUAUAAUAAUCUUACAUGAUUUUAUCUUGUGAUAACGUUUCAAUUUCAGUUUAAAAUCGCGUUGUAUUUGAAAAUUUGAGUGCAUCGCGCUUCAGAAUGAUCUUAAUAUUCUUGUUUCGUGGUUUACUAACACUAGGAUAUGUUGAAAAAUGAUAUUCUAUAUCACUUUUAAGACAUCGAUCCCCUAUUACAGAUAUUUAAUUAACGAUUAUAGUGUUACUUCUGUGGACAGUAAAAAAGAUUUGGAUGUUCUUUUUAACACUGAACUUAAUUUUCACUCUCAUACUGAAUUGAUGUUGUUAAGCUUUAAAAACGCUUAGUUUCGUAUUACGUGUAUCUUAGAAGUUCUAUUAUCUUCAUUGAAAACUAUUGCUCAUUUGUAUGUUCCUUAUUAUAGUAUGCGUCUAUUUUAUGAGACUCUUACAUGGAUACUGACUCCUGACAAUUGGAAAAUAGGACGAUUUUUAUCUUCCCCGGCACUUAUAUUAAAUUAAAUCAUCUUCAUAACUAUUCCCUAAUUAUGCAAGAACUUUGUCUUAUCUCACUGGUAGACAGAAGAGUUUACGCUAACUUAAAGUUUUAGCAAAAGCUAGUGGAUGAUCGUGGUGAUGCUUCUGCUCUUCAUCCAUUGGUUAAUUUUAAAGCCCCUUCUCGCUCCCUUCGUGUUCCUUACGUAGUUUCUGCACACACAAAAUUCUGCGAAACUAGUCACUCAAAAUGUUUCUUUUGCUCAGAUGACAUGAUUUUAGAAUGAUAAACACAAAGGUCCACAAACUCAAACUUAUACACAAUAGAAAAAAAAUGUUACAUCGCUUUCUGACGUGAUGGCAGAAUUAACAAAAAUAAACCAGAGAUUGAAAAAGCUCGAGCAUAACCAAUCAAAAAGUACAGAAAAAUAGAAAACUUGUAGGACACUUCGAAUUGUAAUAUGGAACGCUAACGAGCGUUUGGAACCUAUUUAGAAGUGCUCUCGGAGAAAACAGUUCUUUCUACUAGAACAAUAACAAUAGCCGACAUUGAAAAUUCAGUUAAAAAAUUGAUCGACGAUAUUAUUCUUAGCAACUUUGACAGCUUCCAACGGUAAACGCCAGACUACAUACCUACUGGAAAUAAGAAAUCUAGUUCAACAACAACGUCGAGCGAGAAGAAUAUGCCAUAAUACACGGCAUCCAACGGAUAAAACCGAAUGGAACCGUGUAAGCAAAAUACUUUAUAACAAAAUUAACAAAAUUAAAAGUUUUUAGAUCAUAUAUAAGUGGUCUCUCUGCAACGGAUAAUGCCGAUUAUUCGUUAUAGAAAGCCACAAGACAUAUAAAGAGACCUCGUGUUCAGGUGUCAUCUAUCCGCAAGGAAGAUGGCACCCGGGCUCGCAGUGAACAAGAAAAAACAGAAAUAUACGCUCAAAAUCUUGAACGCGUAUUUCUACCUCACGACAUAGACUCUGAGCUUGAUAUUGUGCAAUGUCAACAGCUUAGUGUAACACGUGAAAAGAUUAAACAUUUCACUCCAUUAGAAGUUGCUUCAGUAAUAGAUGACAAUUUAAACCCCCAAAAAGAACCAGGCUAUGAGGAAAUAAAUCCAAAAAUACUUCAAGAGCUUCCAAAGAAGGCUAUCAUUCAUCUUACUUAUAUAUACAAUGAUAUUUUGCGAUGGGAAUACAUACCAGAACAAUUGAAACGGGCACAAGUGAUUAUGUUGCUCAACCCGGGAAAAUCACCAGAAGAUGUCACAUCAUACCGACCGAUAUCACUUUUUCCAAGUUUGUCUAAACUCUUAGAGAAACUUUUACUUAAACGUCUUAAACUAAUCAUAGAAGGAAAACACCUUAUACCGGACCAUCAGUUUGUAUUCCGCAAUAAACAUUCGACAAUCGAUCAAAUUCAUCGCGUCACUAACGUGAUGAGUAAAGCUCUUAAAGAAUUACUGCUGUGGAGUGUUCCUUGA